UUUCUUCUAGCGCGCGGAGGGGGUAGGGCCUCUCCUUAGUUUCCUUCCUCCGUGCACAUACCAGACACAUACCGUCAUUCCCAUGACGGCACGGUGCCCCCUUAAAGAAACUCCCAUAGACGGUGGCGCCAGAUUACCCUCUAGGUGUUAUAGUGAGAAACUCUAUGGGCUAGGGUGGCUCACCAGGCGUGCUGGAGAAGGGAGAUCUGUGCAGGUCUGGAGUUCAGUAGGUCGUAGUCAAAACAUAGAGAAAAAAAAAAGUCUCUAUGGUCAAAACGCUGAGACAAAACCCAAGCAUAAUCACAUGCAAAAAAUACUAACGCCCAAGAAGGUAUCUAAUUUUAGAAGAAUUUUAGAACUAUAUGAGCCUCCUAGAUCACUGUACUCUAGUCGUGCUCUAAACACCGUUGAGCCAAAAAAAAAAAAAAACGAUACAGAAGAAGCAAGUGCUUGUGUUCCAGUUUUUUAAAAAGUAUUUUUGCUUCCUAUUAUUUGUUUAUAAUUCUUUUAUUGCAUAAAUUUGUAUUCUUUAGAAAGAGCUGCUGCAGCUAAGCCAAGUCAGGACGCAAGUUAUAAAGCCCCGCCAAAGAAAGAAAACGAAACAAAAACAAUUCUCGGCAGCCUUGGGGCAGCUUGGUGGUGAUGAUGUUUGGCUGGUGCUAGCUGCUCAAGCAGCUGGAAGCAGGCAUACAAUGCCAGAGGAAGGUGAAGUGGUCACUGUGCUGCACUUCAACGACUGCUACAAUGUGGAGGAGCAACAUGGUGAACCUGUCGGUGGGGCCACCCGCUUUUGUACUGCCCUCAAAAGCUUUGCCAACCUGAACCCAUUGAUCCUGUUCAGUGGUGAUGUGCUGGCUCCGUCCAUCAUGAGUACAUUCACCAAAGGGGAACAGAUGGUGCCCGUCCUAAAUUGCUGCAAAGUUGACUGUGCCGUCUAUGGAAACCAUGAUUUUGAUUUUGGUGUAGACAACUUGACAGAGUUUGCAAAACAGACCAAAUUUCCUUGGCUCAUGUCGAAUGUAGUAGACAAUGAAACCGGAAAGCUGCUGGCUGAUGGUGAGGAAUUUCUAAUCUUGGAGCGGUCAGGCAAGAAGAUUGGGUUGAUAGGACUUGUCGAGGAAGAAUGGCUGGCAACACUUGCAACAAUUGACCCCGAGGAUGUUGAAUACAAAGACUUUGUCACUGAAGGCCGAAGGCUGGCAAGAUUUCUAAAGCAAAAGAAAGGUGUAGAUUAUGUUAUAGCUUUAACCCACAUGAGAACUCCCAAUGACUGCCGCUUGGCAGCCAAUGUAGAUGAGUUGGAUCUCAUCUUAGGAGGCCAUGACCAUGUCUAUGAAGUCAAAAGGGUGAAUGGAAAAAACAUUGUCAAGAGUGGAACAGACUUUCGACAGUUCUCACGCAUCACCCUCACAUUCACUGCAUCAGGAGUAGCAGUUGAUGUUGCUGAAGUGAAUGUCACUUCUGACUUUGCUGAAGACCCAGAGCUCAGAGAACUUCUUUUUAAAUAUAAAGAUGUUGUGCAAGGAAAAAUGGAUGAAGUGAUUGGGCAUUUUGCUGUUGAUUUGGAUGGUCGAUUUAGCAGCAUAAGAACAUCGGAGACAAAUUUGGGAAAUUUUAUCUGUGAUGUUAUGCUGUCAGCAACUCAUUCUGACCUGGCUAUUCUCAACUCUGGUACACUGCGGUCAGAUCGAAUUCAUCGGAAGGGGGCCUUCACUAUGCGAGAUUUGGUCACAGUCCUGCCCAUGAUGGACUCUCUGAUUGUGCUUAGUGCUACUGGGAACCAAAUUUUGCAAGCUUUGGAGAAUGGUGUAUCUCAGUACCCCAAGUUGGAAGGUCGCUUUCCUCAGGUGUCAGGUGUCAGCUUUGCUUUUGACCCCAAGAAGUCACCUGGCCAAAGAAUAGACCCCCAGUUUGUGCGAAUAGGUGAUGAACCUUUGGACAAAAAUCAGAAAUAUAGAUUGGUGACAAAGAACUACCUUGCUCAGGGAAAAGAUGGCUAUGAUGUGUUCAAGGAGUGUGAAGUCUUGUUGAGAGAAGAUGAAAGCCCUGAAUUGUGCACAGCGGUGCAAAAUCACUUCCAAGCAGUCCGCAUCCUCACUGGUGUUGCCCAACCCCGCACCCAUCACCGCCAGAGUUUGGUCUGCUUGUCCCGACGGCACAGUCUGGUGCGAACUUGUGAAGACGUCACCACGAAGCCGCCGUUGAAGCGAGGCCUCAGCCUUGAUGCAUCAGCAAGAAGGGGGUUGUUUCGCCAGCGGCAGACUUCGCUUGAAGACGUUGAGCACGAGACAUGCAAAAUGGAGCCAAAAGUUGAGAAUCGCAUAGUCAUCUUGACUGAAGAACAGGUUGUGAAGAAGUUCUGGGAAGACAGCGACUCGCAUCCAUUGCGCCUUGUUGAGGAAGUAAUUGAAGAAGAGCCUUCAACGGGGAGCUUUGAGAAGAACUAAUGCACAUGAAUUCUGGUUCACUUCCUCAUUCCCUCCAGUCUAAAGUUCACAUUUUGCCCAUGGCCUAAGAUGUCAUUUCGGAAGUUUCAAUAGUAGCUUGUGUCCCUGGUGUAUUUGUCUUGGUUGCAAAGAAGACCUUUAGGCAAUUAUAUUGGCUGUAAGGUAACUGAAAGCCUCAUGUGUCAAGAGGCAAGAAUCCAGGAGGGAUAAUUAGGGCCAGAGGAAGAGUAUGCCUCUCUCUGUACUUGUAGGAACAGUGCAGACAAGGGGAAAUCAGCUGCACAUGACCUGCUUUUGCUAAUUUGGCUCUUCCUCGCACUACAUUGUAAAUGAUGGCCAACACAAAGGCUGUACUUUGUCAUUCUUGUUUCUUAAUACUACUAUGUUCACAAGUGUUGCCAAUAGUGAUCCAGACAUUCCUUUAAGAAGUCUGCAAAAAGGAUGUGCUCGACUUCUCGGGAGAAGUGCAUUGUCCUUCGCAAAAUAAAAACAAGGGGGUGGGGAGAGAUUUGAAUCACUGAGCUGAUUCACGCCUCACUAAUUUACGUCUGAUUGAGGCAAAGCGGUGAAAGGUGUGAUCACUCAGGCAUAAAUGAUGUGCUGGUUUGUUUUUGCUUUUAUUUUCUUUCAGCUAUUUAACACUGGUAAAUUGUGAUCAAGCAGUUGAACUUGGCUCACUUGUAUCAUUUAGUUUGUUGAGAAUCUCCUAGUAUGUUAUUGUCGUUUUAACUUGCAUCAUGCUCAUUUUCUCCUCAUCACUGCAUCCUUAUUAAAAGCUGCUCGAUACACUUGCCAGGAGAACAAAAUUUAGAGAACACUUGGGUUUGGCUUAAGCAAAGACUAAGAUGAUAGCUGUGUUAGAAAGAAGACCGUCUGUCUAGGACACUGCCCCGAAGAUUGUGUGCAAUUUGUCUCUUGGUUACAUUGCUUAAGCUGUAUCACGAGAGAGACUGUGUGACACCAAGAUGUUUGUUGCACUUUAAUAUUAUUAUCGAUAAUGCGUAGAAUAUAAAAAAAAGGUAAUUUAUAUACAUAUAUAUAGCUGAACAUCUGAAGUCUAUGCAAGCAGAGUUGCACAAGCUUUAGGUUGUGAAAAAUAUGAGAGUGUUUUAAAACUAUUGCCUUUUUCAUUUGCACUAACUGCACAACAAAAUUUGUCUAGAUUCCAAGUUGUGUAAUGCAGGGUAUAUGUUUUACUGCUGUGGGGUUCAUGGAAGUUGCGUUGCCGCUUGAAGAACAUGUGUGCAACUGUUGCUAAAUAUUGUGUAGCAGCAGAGAUGCACGCUGAAAUUGGAAAUGUAUAGGCUCCACUAUGGCACGAAGUUAUCGGAAUGCCAUUUGCACAGAGCUUGUUCUAGUUUUGUAAAAGGACACAUCAUGUUCAGGUGGCUAUCAAGUACAUGUUUGGUUAAUAUACACAGUGCAUUUGUUAUAUUUCCUGUGUGUACCAAAAGUGUGCAAUUUAUCCAAAGUCUAUAUGAGAAAGGCUAGUUUGCUAUGUCACUGCACAUAUUUAAAACAUCUUUAUAUUCCUGCUGUUAACUUUGUGAAAGCACUUUUUAGUAGCAGUUGACAGUGGGCGUAGUUUACUUAAGAAUCUUAAAUUUAUUGUGCGAGCUAAACCAUGACAAGCUCCAUUUUAUUGUGCUUGCCGUAGCAUGUUUACAGGUACUGCAAACAAGAGAAACUUGCCUCAGGAGCAUCUACUUAAGUUUUCUUUUGUACAAAAAUGAGAGAAAUCUUCUAUAUGCAUGCUAUGGAGAUUAUAUGCAUGCUAUGGAAAAUGUAUUCAUGAUGAAAGGAGAUGUUUGUGGAGAAUAUGCAAAAUGUCAUACCUGUUAAAACAUAAUGGCAAUACUUCCUUGUUUAACUUUUAACAUGUUGCACAAUUUUAAUGGAAAGUAACUAUUUUAGUUCCAAAAAUGGAAAGUGUGUUGUUUACUAGGUAUUUAGCGUUUGAUGCUUUAGUAACUUAAGCGCUUCUCUUCCCGUGGCAUUUUUUACAUUCCCAAGAAUGUUGUUAGUCAUUGCUAGUCUGGAGUUAAGGAAAUUUUAAUGGCAUAUUAGUGCCAAGAGUAUUUUGUUUUAGAUAGACGUGUGUGUCAUUAAUGUGUGUGCCCUGUGAAUGAAUAAGCAGUUUAGUAGUUUUUUUUUUUGUGGCCCUUUACCAAAUCUGAGUGCUCAAAAAUGUCUUUCAUGCAGGAAAUGCUUUUGCAAAAAUAAAUGUUGCAAGCCACCUUU